CGAGUCGCCUAGUGUGUUUUUGACGUCGGUAAAUGCAGUCGUGAGUCUCGGAGCGGACGCGAACACUUUUAUUUAUAGUUUUUAAUCGAAUAAAGUCGUGUGACGUUCGUGAACACCAGUGUCUAGCCGGGAUUUUAUAAAUAUGAGUAUUGCUGACCUGAUCCAAGCCGCGGAAUACAUCGAGAGGCGAGACAGAGUUUUUUUCGUUGCAGAAUCGGAGCACGGAUACGCGUCGAGUUUGCCGGCGUAUGAAGAGUCGCGUGCAGGAGGCAGGCGGCCUAAGACGAAGAAAUCGCAGGGCAGCAGGACCACUCAUAACGAGUUGGAAAAGAACAGAAGAGCACAUCUCAGAAGCUGCUUGGAGAAGCUCAAGGACAUGGUCCCCCUUGGCCCAGAAGCGUCCCGACACACCACAUUAGGAUUAUUGACAAAAGCGAAAAGGUUUAUAAAGAGCUUGGAGGAGCGAGAGAAGCGGCACUCGGGGCACCGGGAGCAGCUGGCGCGCGAGCAGCGCUUCCUGCGGCGGCGACUGGCGCAGCUGCGGGCCGCGCGCAACGCACGCGCGCUGGCCGAGAGCGCGGUACACGCGCCCGCCACGCGCACCGACUCGCUGUCGUCGCUCGAGUCCUCGUCCGGCGUGUCCACGGCCGAGCGCUCGCCGUCCUCCGUCUCCGAGAGUGACGAAGUGGACGUGAUCGGCUACACGUCGAACCAGAGCGACAGCGAGUCACUGGUGUCUGGCCACAGCGGCGACAGCGGCGUGGGCGUCGCGCGCGGCCGCCCGCGGUAUUGUAGCAAGCCUGCGCGCGCGCGGUUUACCAGGGUCUAGGUAAGAAUAUAGUGUUACACGUGAAC